AUGGAGGUGAUGGUGGCCACUGUGCGCUGUGAAGAAAUUGCUAAUGAGAAGUACUCUGCCUUUGUUGCAAACAAGGAAUGGUGCGAACUAGAGGAUGCUAUGAAGUCUCAAUUGGUGCUCGAUAUUUCUGGGUUUAUGCUCGAUAUUUCUGGGCAGCGGACUGCUUCUUCUUCUUCGGUUCUUCCCGCCAACAGCCUGCUUCUUCUUCUUCCCGCCAGGCGCCAGCAACUUGCUUCUUCUUCUUCUUUUUCUUCUUCUUCUUGUGGUGCAGAGUGCGGUAGCCGGCUACAACCUAUUAGUUGGAAUAAAAUGGAGAGACUUGGUCUUCAUGUUGGCGACAUUAAUAGUUUUCACAAUAGAGCACUUAAGAAAUGUGAGGAUCUAAUGAGCCACGAUCGAUCUAUCGCCGUUGCCUUUCAUAAGCAAACUGAGAAGGAGAAGAAUGAGCACCGAAUACGAUUAAAUGCUUCAAUUAAGGCUUGUAGAUUCUUGUUGAAGAAUGCAUUGACCUUUCGUGGUCACGAUGAAUCUGAAAUAUCUAUUUCUAAAGGCAUGUUCUUAGAAACAUUAGCCUUAAUUGGUGAUUGCAAUGAGGAUAUAGUUGAUGAGUCUAGUGACGUUUCUAAGAAGGAACAAAUGGCGGUGGUUUUAGGAUAUGUUAAUGCACGUGGUAUUGUUAAGGAGAGAUUUUUUGGUAUUGUUCAUGUGACGGGGACAUCUUCUUCAAUUCUUAAAUCUGCCAUUGAUACUUUAUUUGUUGAACAUGGAUUGAGUUUGAAACAAGUAAGAGGGCAAGGUUAUGAUGGAGCAAGCAAUAUGUGCGGAAUGGUGAUCAAUGUGGUGAAUGCUUAUUGCAAGCGUAAAGACAUGCUUCGACAAAGUUACAAAGAUAAAGUGCAAGAAGCAAUUGGUAAGUGUGAAAUUGAUAUUGGAACAGGGAAAUACCAAGAGCUUUCUCUUAUACGAGYCGGAGAUACAUGGUGGGGUUCUCAUUACAAAACCAUUUUGAGCUUGAUUGCUUUGUUUCCAAAUGUUGUUGAAGUGCUCCAGUAUGUUGAAGAGGACGGGGAUAAUGGCUUUAGUCGCACUCAAGCAACUGCUUUGAGUCCAUGCGAUUCAUUUUCGCAGUUCAGUGUAUCAGAUUUAUUGAAGUUGAGUGAGUUGUAUCCUCAAGAUUUUAGUCAUAUGGAAAUGAUCGCUCUUGAGAAACAACUUAACAUGUAUUAUUUGAUUGUGCGUCAGGAUGAAAGAUUUGCCAAUUUGAGUGGUAUUGCCGAGCUCUCUAGAUUGCUAGUGGAAACAAAAAAGCAUAAAACUUAUCCUCUAGUAUAUCAGUUAUUGAAGUUGGCUUUGGUUUUGCCAGUUGCUACCGCAACAGUCGAAAGAUGUUUUUCUGCUAUGAAGAUUGUGAAGUCAAAUUUGCGCAACAAAAUCAGUGAUGAAUUUUUUAAUGCUGCAAUGAUAUGUACUAUAGAAAAAGAAGCACUUCUCGCAGUUUCAAAUGAUGAUGUAAUUACUCAAUUUCAAAAGACGAAGAGUCGUAGGGCACAGUUGUAA